AUGCAUCGAGGGCAUCUUACCGUACCGGAGAGGCCGCUGUACCAGUUCCGCCACAUGCCAUUCAGGCUCUGCAACGCCGCUCAACAACUAUGCAGGCUCAUGGAUAAGGUGAUCCCGACGAGUCUUAGGUCAAACGUGUUCGUAUACCUGGACGACUUACUCAUAAUAUCGGCAGAUUUUCAGACGCAUCUGAAAUACCUGGAAUUGGUGGCCGAGUGUCUGAAGAACGCGAACCUUACCAUAGACAUGGCGAAGUCGAAAUUCUGUUUCCGCAACAUAAAUUACUUAGGGUUCAUCAUAGGCGGCAGGACAUUGCGUAUGGAUCCGGAAAGAGUGGAGGCGAUCCGGAACAUUCCGAACCCGAAGUCGGUCAAGGAACUGCGAAGCUUCCUAGGAGCCGUGUUGCUCCAGUUGGACGACGAGCAGCAUAAAAGGCCGAUCGCCUUCUUCUCUGCCAAACUCAAUAAGCACCAGAUUAACUAUUCGGUGUCCGAGAAAGAAUGCCUAGCUGAAAAACUGGCCAUACAUCGAUUCCGACCGUACGUGGAGAUGAUGCCGUUUAGAAGCGUGAAAGAGGUUGAAUUGGCCCCGGCGGAUCUGUUGAGAUUUCAGACCGUGGAGUUCGAGAGCACCGAGUACCAAGGGUUGGUGAAGGAGGUGAUGAGCCAACAACAGAAACUGUCGGAUUUGAAAGUGCAGGGCAGACUCCUGUUCAAGAGGACAGUGCACGAUAGCUUUGAAGAUGAAGUCGAGGGCACGAGUUGGAAUCUCUGGGUGCCGGAGUCGCCGACUGCAGGGCUUAUCCUACGAGCACAAGCGUCGAGAAGUCAGCUCAUGGAGGCAUGA